CUUCCCGGGUGCCCGCCCGCGCCGUUUCCUCGUUCGCUCGCAAGCUGCCUGUUCCUGCUGCUGCUGCAAUUGCCACUGACUGCCCGCUCGCUCGCUCGCCUCAUCGGGGCAGACGCUGGUACUUGUCCUUUCAGUUCCUUCCUCGCCUGCCUGCCUUCUAAGCUAGAAGCAAAACAUAAAAAGGAAGAGAGGGCGAGGGAGAAAGGCGCCUGGGAAGGAAUGAUGGAAGGAGUCUCCUUCGGGGCCGGCCUGGCAGGCGCGGCUGUGGAUCCCUUGGAAUUCCUCAAGCGGCCCCAGACCAUCCUGAGGAUCGUCGCUGGGGUCUUCUCCAUCGUUGUUUUUGGCUCUAUCAUCAACGAGGGUUACAGCAAUACUCGCGGGUCCGGGGUGCUGCAUUGCAUCUACAACAGCAACGAGGACGCCUGCAACUACGGAAUUGCCGUUGGCCUUAUCGCCUUCUUGGCCUGCUGUUUUUUCUUAGUGGUGGACCUCUACUUCCAGCAGAUCAGCAGCGUGAAGGACAGGAAGCGUGUUGUCCUCUUUGACCUUGGCUUCUCAGGAUUCUGGUCCUUCCUGUGGUUUGUGGCCUUCUGCUUCCUGGCCAACCAGUGGCAGCGGACACCGAAGACGAGCAAAGAUGCUCAGCCCGGGGCGGACGCUGCAAGGGCGGCCAUUGCUUUCUCCUUCUUCUCCAUCAUCUCCUGGGUUGCCCUGUCUGUGAAGGCCCUCCAAAGAUACCGGAUGGGGACUGAUAUGUCUCUCUUUGCCACGGAUCAGUUUCCUACCGACCCCAACACUGGCUACCCAGGCUACCCCACAGGCAGUGGUGUCGAAAGCACAGAAACCUACCAGAGCCCGCCAUUCUCGGAGACCUUAGACACCAGUCCAAAAGGCUACCAGGUGCCAGCGUAUUGAAGGGCAAGAGUCUCCCGUGAGGUUGUAUAGCAAACGGGAACUCAGUCCCAGAGAAAUGGGCCAACUUCCCUUUCAUGGUGCAGUAUAGUCAACUGGUUGGUUGCAAGUGUAUUCAAAAGUACCUUUUUUAAAAAAUUAAUGUGGCAAGUUACGUGCUGGGUUAAACAUACUCUUAGCUAAUGGUGCAGUGAAUUCUCGACAGUGGUAUCGGUUCUCGUCUUACCUGUCCAAGGAUUUUUUUAAAUAUUUAAAUGACAACAACAGUGUUCCCUCUAAGCAUGAAACUUUAGGAUGGUUGCUACUCCCCAUCUUUGUGAGCUGUCCCUGUGAUCUUGGCUCGUGUGGCAUUUUGCUGAAUUCACACACACAAUCUGGCAAUAGGCCAGCCUGUUAGCAAUCCCCCCCCCGCCUUACACAGACAAAUAGAUGCUUUAUCUCGUGCUUCCAAGGCUAAUUCAGAAAAUUUUGCUCCUGUGGUCUUCAUUAUAGGGACCUUCCACAUCCUCCUCUCUCCUAUUUUUUUUCCUUUAAAGCCCUAGCAAAAUGUAGUUUUAAAUCAGCCUUCCCCAAACUGGUGCCCUCCAGGUGGUUUGGACUCCAGCUUCCAGUUGUGCUGUGCUGUCUGGUGCUGAUGGGAGUUGGGAGUCCAAAACACCUGAAGGGCACCAGGUUGGGGAUGGCUGUUUUUAAAAGAAUGUGCCAAACUGAAAACCAAAAAUAGCAGUUGUGUUGUUUUCAUUUGUAUUUGUGUGUACUGUACAUAACAUAUUUCCUGUGCAAAAUGAGUGAAUAUCUGACGUGUGUGUUAGCUUUGGGAUUCUGCUACCACAGGUAGAGUUUUCCAUAUGGCUUUGUUGUGUAAUCAUUUUUGUACAUCUUUUAAACCGAAAUUAUUGCUCUCAGUGGCAGAGGAGAAAAGUUCCACACUCUGGCCAUCAGCCUUUAAGAGCCUCCCUUCCAGUGGGAAAAUGUAGCAUUCGGUAGCUCAGCUAUCGUCUCAAAAUAGGGCUUGUUAGCUGGUAGGGCCCUAGUCUUGUCCUGCUGCAGGAGGGGUGUAGCCCAGUCAACCCGUCGUUUCCCCCAAUCCCCUCAGAGAUAGGAGACAUAUUUCAGGUAGCCUGGAAAAAGUUGGAAGGGGAAAAGAAGAACUAUGUCUUUUGUGAGGCUUCAAUGCCAGACCACUUUCAACAGGGCUGGCUUCAUGAUGGCAUCCAGUAAUUUGGUUUAAAAAAUGCCACCACUAUCAGUAUGCAAAUAUUUGGUAGCCCCUUUCAAUACUAAUGAUGCCAACAUUUAUUCUUGCUGUCCCUUUAAAAUUGUUUAGAGGCCUUUUUCUUUUUUAAUUCAGAGUUUGGGAAUAGCUCCAGCCUUCCCUUGUAAAGAAAGUUUGGGCAAAAAGUUUAAGUGGCAGACAAGAGGGGCAGAAAUGACCAUUAAAAGUCAGAAAUCAGACAAAAAAAGCUAAAUCCUCUUGAAGGAGCUGUAAUGCUUAAGUGUUACACAGAGAGUGGACUUAAAUGUGAUUUAAUUUAUAAGAAGAUGAGUAGGCAAUCUGAUAUAAAAUGAAGCUGCCUUUUAAAGUGAUUUUAGCAGCAAAAUGUAAAUUAUUUUAUAUUGAAGUAGAUAAAUAUAAUCUUCCAUUCUUACUCAGGUGCAACUCUGAGGAAAUUUGAUCUCUGAAAUUCCACUGCAGAGAUAGGGACCCCGAUCCAGCAAGAGAUCUCUGUGUGUAAUGAACCUUCAGUAGGCAUAUGCCCUUAACAGUUCGACAGAGAAUAGAGAAUAUAGAUUUUAUCAUGAAAUACAAUUAGUCUUGUGGACAAAGACCUAUGCAGGGUCUACACCAGAACCGAGAAGGCUUUUAAUACAGGGUACAUGAAGAACUGUAGCAAUAUUUUCCUUAGAGAGAACACUGGCAUUUUAGCAGGUCACAAAAUUGUGUCUAGAUAUAUUUGGGGGUGGGGAUUGGUGAUAGAAAAAAACACACACACAUACAAACCACAAAACUAUAGUACAUUUAAAUGUUUCUUUAAAUUGAUUGUACAUGUGAAAUAAAUGUCUGUUCAGUACAGUGUAUUUUUUCUAACUAAUGAUAAAAAAAUUCAUUCAGAGUAUCCUUGUAUUAAUUGUAAAGAGAAAGAGAUUACGUUCUGUCUGAUUAGUAGAACUGUCUUGAUCAGUAGUGUUAAUGUGCUAUAUAUUACACUUUUGAAUGUAUGCACCCAAAUGCCUACAUCUGCAUUCUCUUCCUUUUCAACCUGUUCCUAACCUCCUUGGGAUCAGCUCAGUGGUUUGUACAAAACUGUAUCAUGCAGAAAGAACUCAGGGCUGGCCCAAGAUUCUUUGGUGCCUGAGGAAGAAAAUCCAAAAUGGCAGCCCCACAUGGUUAAAUGGGAGGUUCUCCUGCUUUAACUCUCAGGCAUUUGGGAAACUCUGGAUAAGAUGCAGACACAUAGGCCCAUUAUCACACCAGAGCCACUCCUUCAGAAAACCUGGAUUCCCAUUGCCCAUUCCAAUAUUGACAUGAAAUUGAUGUUGACCUAACUUGCCUUUCUCCAACCUGGUGCCCUCCAAGUGUUGUGGACUACAACUCCCAUCAGGCCCAACCAGGUGCUGAUGGCAGCUGUAGUCCAAAACACCUGAAGGAUACCAGGUUGGGGAAGGCUGACCAAAACACUCCAAAACGCUGCUAACUUCUCCUAAGCCCCACCUUGACAACAACAACAGUAAUAAUAAUAUAAAUGAAUGCUGGAAGCAGCCCUUACCUAAUAAAUGCAAGGGUCUGUGGGGUCUGUUGAUGCAGGAUGCAUGGGCCUUGCAUCUCCUGUUUCAUCGUCUCCUUUGCACAGUCUUUGGGACAAGGAAGGGGAAGCUGUGGCCCUCCAGAUCUUUGUUGACUACAGGUCUCAUUGUCCCUGACCAUUGGCUAUGCUGCCUGGGGCUAAUGGGAGCUGGAGGCAAGAAGCAUCUAGAGGACCAAAGGUUCUUUAUCUUUGCUUUAGAUUAUUUUUUAAAAAACACAGAUGUAUUUCUUUUUGGCACUAGGAGAAAGGUGUGCACGGGGGAGGAUAAGGGUGGUGGCAGCGAAGUUCCAGUGCCGCCUGGAAAGCAGACUGGUGUGGUGUCCUGGCACCUCACGCUUGGAGUGGGAAAGCAGCCCUUGCUCUUUAGCCGACAUGAGAGCCUCCUGAGAGGAACUGGCAACUGGUGCAGAUGUUAAGAACCUCAGAAGAGCCUCUUGCAUCGAGCCAAAGAGGCCCCCAUCUAGUCCAGCAUCCUGCUCUUGCAGUAGCCAAACAGAGGCCUCUUUCUGGGAAGCCUGAAAGCAGGACCCGAGCGCAAGAGCACAUGAUCUAGGGCAGGGAUGGAGAGCUUGUGGCCUGCCAGGGUUGGCCUGCACCACCAUCCAACUAGCACUCCCCUUUUAAAGCAGGGAUGGGAAACCGGUGGACCUCGAGGUGUUGCUGGAUGACAGACUGGCUGCUGGGAGUUUAUUAUUUAUGGAUAAACACCUUUGUAUGCCACAAUUUCAUUUGGGGUGGGGGAACUCCAUCAAAGCAGUUUGCAACAAAUAAAAACCAUUUAGUAAAAAGCAUUUAAAAAAUACCGUAAAAACAAAAAGUCAGCUACCAGAAAAAGGCAUCAUCUUAACCGCCUGCAUAGGCCUGGCAGAACAGAGAGGUUUUCAGCAGGCAUUUAAAGGCUAAAACAGAAGGUGCCUGCUGAAUCUCUGUUAGCAGAGGAGUCCAGAGAACUGGGCCAAUGACACUGAAGGCUUGAUUUUGUGCUGAUGUUAAAUGAGCAUCGCCAAAUCUGGGGAUGACCAAGGCCACUCCUGCAGAUGAUCUCAAUGAUGGGGCUGGGAUACAAGGGUUCAGGCGGUCCCUAAGGUACCUGGACCUCAGUUGUUCAGGUCUUUGUAAAUUAAUACAAGGACCUUGAACCUGGCUUGGUAGUAGAUGGGCAGCCUCUGCAGAUGUUGGAAUCCAGUAACCCCUGGAGGCUCCUCAUCUGUGAUUUACAAACUCAGGUAGGGGUAGAGGAUGAAAGUAAUAAAGUCUGCAGGCUGUAAAGGAAUAUGUUGGUCAUUUAAAAAAAAAUGUAUGGCCAAAAACUGUCAAAUGCAACAAGGAAAAUAUGGGUAAGCUGAUUUCAUCAUCUUUUGCCUGGAAAAAUAUUGCAAACAAGGGACAAGCGGCAGCAGAGAAAGUUGAGGGCCCUCGUGUCUGGGAGGAGAAAUAGCAGCCAUUUGGAGAGCUGGUUAGCAGGAGUCUGGACCACUCUCAGAAAUAAAAAAUUGCUUGUUUUUUAGUGUGGGUAAAAAUGGCAUGGGGGGGGAGAAGAAGCUGGUCACAAUCCAGGUAGGGAGAAUGCAGGCAAACACAGUUGGCCACAAUCCAUGGCUGUGACUGCCUGGAGUGGGUCACAAAACGUUUAGGUGUUUGUUUCAUACUCUCAUGCUGAACUGUAGCGUUACCCUCAAUUUAUCCAGCUAAGUAAACCAACCAACAGACUUUGGCCCGUUGCCAGCUCCCUGCUUUAUUUUAUUUUUUAAAAACCCUUUGCCCGAGGUGUCAAAAAGCUUUUGCUGUCCGUUUCCCGAUGUUCAUAUCAGCACCACUUAGCCAGUAUUGUGACUCAUGCCACGUAAUGGCGACUUGCAGCGUUUACUGCACUGGUGUACAUAAGGCUCAGGCCUCUCUAAUCAACAGAUUGAAUGGCAAGAUAAUAGGCAGGAGCUAUUAGAUGAGUCGUGCAUUUUCCUCUAUCAAGACCCUUCCCAUUUUCUUGAUAAUGCUUAAUUUUCAUCUCCAGUUCAGCUUUCUUCCAUCAGACUGGGAGAGGCAAUUAGUUGUGGUGUUAAGAGUGUGUGGAGGCAGGCUGCUUUUCUAUAGGGGUGGAGCCUGUCAAACGGGUGCUCUGUCGAUGCAGUCCUUGGCACCUGUGCUACCUGCAUGAUGUGCUGCCUGCAGGUUUCUAAAAUGUGCCAAAAUAUAGCUUAAAAAAGGGGGCAGGGGCAAUAUAUUUUUACAGCUGGGGUGCACAGGGGCAACUUGGAAAGGCCUGCACAUACACCCACCACCCAUACCUAUCGAGUAAACUCUUCAUGUGCAACAGCUCAGAGCACAGAGAAGCCAUCUCCGUGGGACCAUAAACUCCCAUGGCAGUGGGCUGGGGGGGCAGGUUGCAUGGGAGUUUAUGGUCCCAUGAAACUUCUUGCCCUGACCAGUUUGCCCCACAGAAGUAACCCCCACGCAGCAACUGCUUAAAGGUGUCUACUAAAAGCUCUGGCUAGUAGCGUGCGCUCGUGUAUGUGUGUGUGUGAGAGGGAACUUGUGUAACAAGAUGCACAGUUGUGAGUUAUUUUCCCCACAAACAUUGUGUUGUGAAAGCUGAUAUACAUAAGCCCUAUACCUUGCAGAUGUUCCUUGCCCCAUAGGCAAAGCAGCCUGGCUUUCAUGUUUUAGCAUACCUAAGAAGUGUCUCUCUAAAUUAGACGAAGACCGAUUAACCUCCUUCCCACCCCGGAAACCGAGAUAGAUAUAAGCGGAUAUAGCAACAGCUCUGAUCCCGACAAGGAGCACUCUGCAGGUCAAAGAGGCCACCGCUGCAGCCUAGGAGAGGCCCAUGUCAGUUUGUUGAGAGGCAGUGAGGUGGCACUACCCCCAUUUGCAGCAGGCCAUCUGGUCAAGCUUCCUGCAGCCAGCCUGCUGAGAGCGGAACAGGAGUCAACAUGCCCCGAGUCUAUAUUUGUGUAGGACACAGAAAGCUGUCGCUUGGUUGUAGCCCAAAUGCUUCCUCUAAACCCAUUCCAAAUUAAAAUGCAGUCUGUAUUGUACCAUGCUUGUUGAGCUUAGUACAGGACGUCUUCCAUCAUAACCUCAAGGAAAUAACAUGGUGUGGUCUAACCCACCUCUGCCCCUUCUCCUGGAGAGUUGCUGAAAGCCUCGCUAACAGGCUCAUGGACACCUCUUCUUCCUAAUCUUCCCACCAGGAAAUUAUCCCUCAACCCACUCCCCAACUAGCAGCUUUCCUCCAAGUGCCACCCAGCAUAGCAAAGCCGACUGCUUAAUGUUUACCGAGUUUUUAUGCUGCAGGAGUAGAAACAGGUUAACGCUCUAUUCAAGCUAACUCCAGCUACCCAACCCCUUUACUCCUUUCAUUCCAAUACAGAGCUUCUUCAUGAAAGCCCCCUUGCCUUUUUAACUUGUGCUGUAACAUAAUGGGCAGGGGAAACUCAUUUUUGCUCCACGGUUCACUCAUUUGCCUUUAAUAGAUUGUGUAGAGGCUACCACAUGUAAGAGAGAGAGUGUACAAAGAUUUUCAGGGCAAACUAGGCCCAAGAAUGCCUUUUAACAGAGACAGAAAGAACCCUCAUAUCAUUUUCAUAAUUUUUAACAAGAUACCAAACAUGCAGAUACCUCCCUUCAAAAGCAGAUUGCUUCAAACACACACACAACAAAAAGUUGCAGUUGUUAGUUACCCAAUGUGCCCUGUGGUAGAAAAGUGGACUGUGUGAAAAAUAGGGUUUUAAAAUGUUUACAGUUCUUUUGUAUGUAUAUAACUAUAGAUUAGAUAUACAUUUUGGAAAAACAAAUCAUCACUUUGUGACUGCAUUAUUUUAAUUGUCUGUGUACCAACUGCAACUUAUUUUUCAAUAAACAAAUUAAAAAUGAA